UCGUUCCUCGGGGAGAUGGCUGCGGCCAUCGCCAGCUCCUUGAUCCGACAGAAACGCCAAGCCCGCGAGUCCAACAACGAGAAGGUCGCCACCAGCAAGAAGCGCAGCAGUCCCAGCAGAGAGUCCAGGUCUCUGUGUGACCGACGCAUCUUCAGUGUCUUCAGCAAGGUCCGCUUCUGCAGCGGCAAGAAGAGGCCGGUGCGCCGGAAACCAGACCCACAGCUGAAAGGCAUUGUGACGCGUCUCUACAGCGAGCAGGACUUCUUCCUGCAGAUGCUGCCUGAUGGAACCAUCAGUGGAUGCAAAGAUGAGAACAGCGACUACACUCUSUUUAACCUGAUCCCUGUGGGUCUGAGGGUCGUGGCCAUCCAGGGGGUGAAGGUGGGACUCUACGUGGCCAUGAACGCCGAGGGGUUCCUCUACACAUCGGAUGUUUUCACAUCAGAGUGUAAGUUUAAGGAGUCCGUGUUCGAGAACUACUACGUCAUCUACUCGUCCACGCUGUACCGGCAGCACGAGUCGGGUCGGGCCUGGUUCCUGGGUCUCAACAAGGAAGGAAUCAUCAUGAAGGGGAACCGAGUGAAGAAAACCAAACCCUGCUCACACUUCGUCCCCAGGCCCAUAGAAGUCUGCAUGUACAAGGAGCCAUCCCUGCACGAGCUCGAGGAGAAGCUGCUGAAGUCGUCACGAAGCCCGACGCUGAACAGCGGCCGAGCCAGGAGCCUGGACCGACCGGUGCGGCGGGGCGCCGACUCCUCCACAGAGCGGGAGGGGUCGUAGCCUGCAGCAACCCCCGCAGGAGGAGGUUGAGAAGGAGGAGAACUCCCAUUUUACUCUCCUUCUGCUCAGCAACUACAACCACUCAACAACAACAACCACCAACAACGACAAAGAAAACAAAGUAAAAAGAAGCUUAAAAAUUGGGGAAAAAUUCUUCUUGCUUGUGAAGAAAUAUUUGAAGUCGGCAGGGGACGAACGAGGGGGAGGAGUUUGCUUGAAAAUAAAAAUAAUCA